AUGGCACUAUAUUCCUCACCUAAUUCAUGGUAUGAUUUUUUUAAUUCCAAACCACAAAAGGGUGAUAUGGGAUUUGGCAGAUUCUUCAUAAGAGGUUCGAGGUUCAUUAACGGUAAACAUGAAAAAGUAAAGAGAAGGGCAAAGGUAACUAACUGCGCAGUUCAAGGACAAUACACCCCUUUUGCAUACCCUUGGCGACUAGCUCAACCAAUUGAAAUUGGACAGUACAUUGCUUGGUCAGCUUAUUUGGUUCACCAGAUAGGUCAAUCACUCAUUUUAGCCAAGGUUCAAUUAUCCAAAAAAGAAAAAUUAAUACGCUGGUCGGAUGACUACCAAUGGUGGAACUGGCAAAUGGUUUAUUUAAAUACCUUCAUGCUAGUCUUCAAAUUAAUUCAUGGACAUCUAUUUUACGAUGGUUUGGCUGCUACCAUUCCUGAAGGAAUUGCACAGGGCUCAGUUGUAGCAAUCCUGGUCAUUGCGAUUGUUAUAGCUAUACCAAGACGCGGCAUCAUAUUCGGUAUAGGAAAGCACUCAGCAAGGGAUGUAGUGCAUUUUGUUAAAAAAUAUCAUGGUUAUCUGAUGAGCUUUGGAACAGUGUUGAACUUUCACUAUCAUCCAGUGGAAGGAACCAUGGGACAUUUAUUUGGUUUCGUUUACCAAUGUUUGCUGAUUUGGCAAUCAACCAACUUUUUACACAAGAGCCAUCGAAAUGCAUCAUGGACAUUAUUAUUAGAAACAUGGGUGUUUAUUCACGGCACUUUGACAGCUAUCAUUCAACCUGGCAUAGGCUGGCAAAUAUUUUCAUACGGCUUUGCGAUCAUGUUCUUGCUAAACCAAGUUUACCAAACUCAAAUAUGUCAAAGCAAAAUGAUAAUGACCGUAGCACAUACUGUUUUUGCCUUCUCCAUGUAUCUAGGAUUUAAAAAUGACAAAGCAUACUAUCGCGCAACAUUCAUACCUGUGACUGAAUACGCAUGCGUAUAUUUCGUUUUAGGUGUAGGAAGCCUUGCGUUAUAUACCAUUCAGUGUACGAAUUCUUCUUUAUUGAAACUAUUUGUUACCCUUUCAGCUUCUGCUCUUGUGUCGAUCGCAUUAACGGCUGGACUAGCUUAUGUCUUAGCCGGAAACCUUGUCGUGUAUAAUGAUUAUUAA